AUGUGUCCCACUGGUCUCCGGACUAGCAUGGAUCCUAGACUGCGAAACCAGCGAGUCCAUAAUUCUGUUACGUGGUUGCCUUUGGUCGUGACAGCCGUCGAGACAACUGUCGAGCCUUGGGUCGAGACUACUGCUGAGCCUUCCGUUGAGACAACUGUCGAGCCUUGGGUCGAGACUACUGCUGAGCCUUCCGUCGAGACAACUGUCGAGCCUUGGGUCGAGACUACUGAUGAGCCUUCCGUUGAGACAACUGUCGAGCCUUGGGUCGAGACUACUGCUGAGCCUUCCGUUGAGACAACUGUCGAGCCUUUGGUCGUGACUGCCGUCGAGACAACUGUCGAGACUACUGCUGAGCCUUCCGUUGAGACCACUGUCGAGCAUUGGGUCGAGACUACUGCUGAGCCACCAAGCGAGACUACUGCCCAGCUUCCCGUCGAGAUUACCACCGAUUUGCCUAUUGUAACUAGUUAUUAUCCUGUAAUCGAGCCUGUAGUAGAAACCACCCCUAAUCUUCGGCGGUAA